AUGGUGACUGUUAUAGAAAGCUCCUCGGCUUUAAGAAAGAGAAAGAUUCUGAAGAAAUUAUUAAACUUCAGCAUCAUGGUAAUUGGGCAAUCAGGGUCGGGUAGAUCAACUUUUAUUAACACCCUAUGUGAUCAAAUGGUUGUUGAAUCGUCAUCUACCAUCAACUUAUAUUCACCGGAGGAGUUAAGUCUCCCAACUAGAGAAUUACAACUCAGGAAAUCUAACGUCGAAUUAGAAGAUAAUGAGGGUGUUAAGAUUAGCCUUAAUAUUAUCGACACGCCAGGUUUUGGGGAUUCUUUGAAUAACGAUGAAUCCUUCAAAUUGAUCAAAGAUUACAUCAAGUACCAAUUUGAUGAAAUCUUAGUUGAGGAGAGUAGAUUGAGAAGAAAUCCUCGAUUUAAAGAUGGCAGAAUCCAUGCUUGUUUAUAUUUUAUUACUCCUACUGGCCAUGGAUUAAGAGAGAUUGACGUUGAAAUUAUGAAACAACUAGGUGAGUAUGUGAAUUUAUUGCCAUGCAUAAGCAAGACCGAUUCAUUGACACUUGAGGAAUUAAAGCUAAACAAGAAGCUAAUCAUGGAAGACAUUGAACAUUACAAGUUACCUAUAUUUGAUUUUAACAAUGACUAUUUCUCGUACGAUGAAUCUUUAGAUGAUGAAACAGUUGAAUUGAACAAGUACCUACAAAAAACUAUUCCAUUUGCCUUGAUGGGCUCAAAUACCACCAUUAAAGAUACAGCUACAGGAGAAAUCAAGAGAGUAAGAAAGUAUCCUUGGGGUAUUGUGGAUAUCUUCGACAAUGAUGUCAGUGACGUUUCCAUAUUAAAAAACACUUUGCUGAUUACUCAUUUGAAUGAACUAAAAGAUUUCACACACGAAGUUUUAUAUGAGAACUACAGAACUAAGACAUUGGGGGAUGCCAACGAAGACUACGAGUCUAGUAAUUCCUUUAGUGCUCAAAAAGCAACUCAUAAUGCUGUAGAGAGAGACGUCUCUCACUCUAUCACGAGGGAAAUUUCAAUGGGCCAUUAUGAACCGGAAUCAGCUAAUGAGGGUCAAACUGAUGCCGAUAUUCAAUUGAAAGAAGAACUAAUUCGGAAAGAGGAGGAAAGACUACGUGCCUUUGAGGAAAGAGUCCAAAAGGACUUGCUUCUCAAGAGAGAGGAAAUCGAAGCCCGGGAGAGGGAACUUGCCGAGUUAGAAAGAAGACUUGCAGAAGAGAAUCUUGCGUAA